AUGGGACAAAUGCUGAUGCGAAACGCAUUCAAGGAAUGCUUGCAUCUUAUAAUCAUGACUAUAGCUACUCAGUUUCGUAUCUCGUAUCGCGUUUCGGUCGUUCUUCGAGGAUUUCUUUCCUGUAUAUCGGUUAGGGAAAUGGGGGAUGAUUGGACGGUUAUAGUUGAGCAAACAUCUUCACUGACACCUGCUCCUCUUGAACUUCCUGAGCCGAAAUUGUUUAAUAAGUGGAGUUUGCAAGAUCUAGACGUCUCUGAUAUUUCUUUAGUCGAUUAUAUUGGUGUGAAGGAGAAACACUCAAAAUAUCUUCCACAUACUGCAGGACGUUAUCAGACGGUGCGUUUCCGAAAAGCAAGUUGUCCGGUUGUGGAGCGUUUGUGCAAUUCAAUGAUGAUGCAUGGUCGAAAUAAUGGUAAAAAGUUGAUGACAGUACGAAUUGUGAAACACGCGUUUGAAAUUAUACAUCUUCUUAGUGGCGAGAAUCCGGUUCAAGUGUUGGUAAAUGCAAUCAUAAAUAGUGGUCCUAGAGAGGAUUCGACAAGAAUUGGACGUGCUGGCACUGUCCGACGUCAAGCUGUCGACGUUUCUCCUUUGCGUCGAGUAAACCAGGCGCUUUGGCUGAUUUGCACUGGAGCACGUGAAGCCGCUUUUCGCAAUAUUAAAACGAUCGCAGAAUGUUUGGCGGAUGAAAUUAUGAAUGCAGCGAAAGGCUCGUCAAACAGUUAUGCGAUCAAGAAAAAAGAUGAAUUAGAACGUGUUGCGAAAUCUAACCGCUGA